AUGAUGUUGAUCAUGGAGAAGUUGACGGACAAGCCGAAUUGGCACGAAAAAGUGUUUGACGAGGCCAUUGUCCAGAAGUGGCGGGAUGAGGCUAAGACGCAGUCGGAGAAUGGGCUCUACUCAAGGAUCAUGGAGGGAAAGACGCAUUGGAAUGAAAUUCCUAUGCCCCAAUCGCGUAUUAUCUCGGAGGAGGUUUUUGAGUUUUGCAUUGCUGAGUUGCGCAACAAAGCCCCCUACUUUGUCAAGACUGGUCUGAUACCUACUCUUGACUCGGAUGGCAAUGCCAUUGUCAAGUCUGAUAAUUUGAUGAGCGCUGAGCUUCGCGAUGAGCUGAAGCAAGCGUUUGAGACACUCCGAGCGGACCAGGUUGGAAAUGUGGAUUGGCAUCCUGGAACCAACGAUAUGGUGCAGAACCUGGCCCAUCCUUCCAUGUACCCCUUCGUCUAUAACCGAUCCAGCUUUAUUCUGGAAGAACAGGUCAACAAGGAAAACGCCUUGGACUUUGUUGGCAAAGGCGAACUUGUACCCGAAAUAACUCGCCUUGCCGACUUUGGGGGAAGAUUUGUCAACGUCUGUUGGAGACCGGAAGACCGAGGGACUGUCCCUCCUGAGUAUCGGUCAAGCCAAUAUCAGUGGCUGCCAGCCAAUGUUGCAUUCCGCGAGGACGGGUCAACCGAAUUUACCAGCUACAUCAAUAAUCUGCACCCAGGAAAAUACCCAGCCAUAUACAAGGCGAUUGAGCAUGCUAUUGACACCGCCAUACCAGCAUGGGAUCAGUGCCUUAAGGAGGAUAUCAAAUUCGACAAAAGUGUUACUGCGGGAAGAAACGAGUCGCGAUUCGAAUUUAUUUCCGAGGCAGAUGAUGAUGACGAAGAUUUGUGGACAAAGUCGAUGAGGUAUAAACGACCGAGAGAGUUUAGAUAUAAUUACUUGAAUCGGUACCGGUAUGGCAAGCCACCACAACCGAGUAGGGGCGAGACUCUCCUUCCUGGCAAAUGGGUUGAGGGCCGAGAUGCUAUUCUCCCGGAGCCAAAGGAGUUCGAGGAGAUAGAUUACACUCCUCCGCAGAGGAUUCAGGAGAAGUUUAAGGAGCACGGGCUGCAGGUUAUUGUGAAAAUGGCCAGCAUCGAGCUGACUCCUGAGAAGCCUCACUUUCCAGCUGGAUCAUGGCAUGUUGAAGGGCAGAUGAACGAGAGAAUAUGCGCUACGGCUCUGUUCUAUCUUGAUAGCGAGAACGUGACGGACAGCCAUCUGUCGUUUCGCAUGCAGACGUCGGCCUGGCUGAGUGACAGCAUUUCGACUGGCCAAGACAAUUACAACUGGCUGGAGCGAGUGUUUGGCACUCGCCUUGGGCAUGGGGGAUCUUGCAUCCAGAACUAUGGAGAUGUCAAGACAUGCGAGGGGCGAGUCCUUGCUUUCCCAAACGUAUACCAACAUCGGGUCUCAUCAUUCCGUCUCAAGGAUGAGACCAAGCCAGGGCACAGAAGGUUUUUGGCACUCUGGCUUGUCGACCCUCAUGAGCGCAUCGUGUCUACUGCCAAUGUGCCGCCCCAGCAGAAGGACUGGUGGACGGAGGCUUCAAAGGCGGCAGAGGAUAGUCAGGGGGAGAUUCCUGGCAGUCUUAUGACGGUGGAGGAGGCUCAAGAGCACCGAGUGAAGCUGAUGCACGAGCGAUCGCGAUAUGAGGAGAAGGCGGAGUACAAUAUGGAGCGAGUAUCGUACAACUUUUGCGAGCAUUAG